CAAUUUAUGUUAAAAAACAUGAACUGAUAACACACCCCAACACUAAAACACCUUCCCCAGCCAAACAGAAGAAAAUGAACCCUUGUUCUACUAAUCACUACUGUGCAUUGCUCAAACUUUGCUGUGAAACCCGCAACCUCACUCGCACAAAGCAGCUCCAUUGCCUCAUAAUUACGUCCAUUCCAAACCCAGAAACCAUUCUCUUAAACAACCUCAUCAGUGCUUAUGGCAAGCUCACCAGCAUCACCUAUGCCCGCAAGGUGUUCGACCAAAUGCCUCACCCAAAUCUCUACUCUUGGAACACCAUUCUCUCCGCCUACUCCAAGCUGGGUCGUCUUCAUGAGAUGGAGCAAGUGUUUAAUGCAAUGCCAGCCCGUGAUGGGGUGUCGUGGAACUCGCUUAUUUCAGGCUAUGCUGGUUCUGGCUCCCUUGUUCAGUCUGUCAAGGCUUAUAAUUUGAUGUUGAAAGAAGCGUCGUUCAAUUUGAAUCGGAUUACGUUCUCGACGAUGGUUAUACUUGCAUCCAAACAGGGUUGUGUUCAUUUGGGAAGGCAGAUUCAUGGGCAGGUGGUGAAAUUUGGUUUCCUGUCGUAUGUUUUUGUUGGAAGUCCUUUGGUGGAUAUGUAUUCGGAAAUGGGACUCAUAUCUUGUGCUAGGCAGGCUUUUGAUGAGCUGCCUGAGAAGAAUGUGGUUAUGUAUAAUACACUGAUCAAGGGGCUGAUGCGAUGUGGUAAGGUUGAAGAUUCUAGGCAAUUGUUUUGUGAUAUGCGAGAAAGGGAUUCAAUUUCUUGGACAUCCAUGAUUUCGGGAUAUACUCAGAAUGGAUUGCAUAGAGAAGCGAUUGAUUUGUUCAGAGAGAUGAGAUCGGAAAUGCUAGAAAUGGAUCAGUACACAUUUGGAAGUAUGUUAACUGCCUGUGGUGGUGUUACGGCUUUGCAAGAAGGCAAGCAAGUUCAUGCUUACAUAAUUAAGACUGGUUAUAAGGAUAAUAUAUAUGUUGGUAGUGCUCUUGUUGACAUGUAUUGCAAGUGUAGAAGUGUGAAAUCAGCAGAAGCAGUUUUCAAGGAGAUGAGUAACAAGAAUGUUGUCUCUUGGACUGCCAUGUUAGUGGGUUAUGGACAAAAUGGUUAUAGUGAAGAAGCUGUUAAAAUCUUCUGUGAUAUGCAGAAGUAUGGGAUUGAGCCAGAUGAUUUCACCCUUGGAAGCGUUAUUAGCUCAUGUGGAAACCUUGCAAGCCUAGAAGAGGGUGCCCAAUUUCAUGGCAUAGCUCUGGUUUCUGGCCUGAUAUCUUUCGUUACCGUUUCAAACGCUCUGGUUACAUUAUAUGGUAAAUGUGGAAGCAUUGAAGACUGCCAUAGACUAUUUAGUGAAAUUACCUUCAAGGAUGAAGUCUCAUGGACUGCUCUUGUGUCUGCAUACUCUCAGUUUGGUAAAGCCAAUGAGACAAUCAGGUUAUUUGAAAGCAUGCUAACCCAUGGUUUAAAACCUGACAAGGUUACUUUUAUUGGGGUUCUUUCAGCUUGCAGUAGGGCAGGGUUAGUGGAAAAAGGAAAUCAGAUAUUUGAAUCGAUGACUAAGGAACACGGAAUUAUACCAAUUCAGGAUCAUUACUCCUGCAUGAUUGACCUCUUUAGUCGAGCUGGGAGGUUAGAAGAAGCAAGGGAUUUUAUAAAUAAGAUGCCUUUCCGUCCUGAUGCAAUUGGUUGGGCAACAUUGUUAAGUUCAUGUAGAUUCUAUAAGAACAUGGAGAUUGGCAAGUGGGCAGCUGAGUUUCUUCUAGAAUUAGAACCACAAAAUACUGCUAGCUACAUCUUACUUUCAAGUAUCUACGCAACUAAAGGAGAACAGGAAGAAGUCGCCAAAUUAAGAAGAAGGAUGAGAGACAAGGGUCUGAGAAAAGAACCGGGAUGUAGCUGGAUCAAAUAUAAGAACGAAGUGCACAUUUUCUCUGCUGAUGACCAGUCAAGCCCAUUUUCAAAGCAGAUAUAUUCUGAGCUUGAAAGGUUGAACUACAAAAUGAUUCAAGAGGGAUAUGUUCCUGAUAUCAAUUCUGUUCUGCAUGCUGUUGAGGAUUCAGAGAAAAUAAAGAUGCUCAAUCACCAUAGUGAAAAACUUGCAAUUGCUUUUGGGUUGUUAUUUAUACCUCCUAGUCUUCCCAUACGAAUAUUUAAAAAUCUGAGGGUUUGUGGGGAUUGCCACAAUGCUACUAAAUACAUAUCGAAGGUCACCAAGAGGGAGAUUCUUGUAAGAGAUGCUGUGCGGUUCCACUUGUUUAAGGAUGGAAUGUGUUCAUGUGGGGACUUUUGGUGACAGGUUAAAUUGGCUAACAUGUCACAUUCUCAAGCUUUUGUCUUAUGUGUCUUUUCUUCAUGAGUUUGGCGUAGGUGUUGCAACCUCAACAAUACUUCCCUCAAACAGUACCAAAGCAUACUAUUGGCUGAAGAGAUAUCAAUAAUGCAACUCGACUCCAACUGAUCAGAAGCAAUCCAUGGUUUCUUGCUGCACAUGACUUCCCACUCACGUUUUCUGGCAGCAAUGAACACAAGGAUGUGCUACUAAUUUUCAAAUUUGAAAUUCAAAUUUUCUGGCUCCCCUUCCCACCCAUCUUCCAGAGGUCUGUCUUAAAAGAAGUCAGUGUUUCAGGAAAGUGCAUCAUCUUUACAGGGCUCCUCCUCCUUCUUCAAUGGAGCACAUCAUUUGGCUGCAAAAUCUUCAAGCCCAAGCUCAUUUUUGUGCAGCACCCACUUCUUCAAUCUCAUUUGAUCAAUGAAUCAAUGCAUUCUUCCUUCUUCAUCAUGCAGACCUUCAAGACGCAGUCUCCAACCGUCGUGCAUCUUCCUUCCGCCUCCAAAUUAAACCAAGCAAACCCAAAGCCGUUUUCAAACCCUAACCACCGCUUAACUUGGGUUCAAGGUUUACUCACCUCUUCUUUAGUGGUUGUUGGCAUAACUUAGUUUCUGUUCUUCAUCUCACGGUAUCUAUAUUGGUUCAUUUCUCCAUUUUUCUUAUACUGUGAUGUUAUAAAUAUUGGUAGUGAUUUAUCCGUUGAUAAGCUUUAGUAAGGAAAGAAGAGGUGGCUUGUCGUAGCUAAUGGAGCUGAUGAUUUUGAAGUUUUAAGGAUUUUUCAUUGUAGAAUCCAACCCAUGGGUAGUGGCUUGCCAGGCUUGGCAAUGGAGAGAAGAAGAGUAAAGGAAGAAUGAGAAAGGAGUGAAGGUAAAACCGACAACUGAAGCUAAGUUUAUUUUCCACUUUGCUAAGUUAAUUAAGCUUAUGAAACCAAGUUGGAAACCUCAGGCAAACUGCUUUUGUUGAGAUGUUUCUUAACAUGUGUGAUAUCUCCAUAUGGAUUUAAUCGGAAGGGAUCCUAAAUUUCACUCUCCCAAAGAGAUACAUCUAAUAAUGAAACUAUAGGACUGUUAACGUCACUCUGGAAAAAUGUUUCUUUUUUCACUUUUAACCAUCAACCAACAGAUGUAGGAUUCCAUUUCCAUAUAAGGGUGUCAGUUCACAAAUUAAAGAUGUAAUUGUGUUAUCAAUUUUAUAGA